AGAGGUCGAAGAGCGCGGGAAGAUGGCAAGCACAGUCUCGUUCUCUUUGAGGACUUGUAUCAAACAGUUUUCGGCUCUUUCGAAGCGAACGCCGGUCGAUUUUCCGAUCAGAACCAGAAUUAAGCGAUUUAUUGUUACCUGCAAUACUACGAGACAUCUCCAUUUUGAAACCCUAACUUCCCGCCAAAAAGAUCAGGUUCAUCUCUUCGUCGACGCUCUUCUCGAAUGGAACAAGAAAAUGAAUCUUACGGCCAUUACGGAAGAAAGCGAAGUGAUGGAAAGGCACGUUGAGGAUUCUCUCGCGAUUAUACCUCCAAUUCGGAAUCUGUACUUGUCGCAUUGUUCGACGAUUCCAUGCGAUAGCAUUAAACUUGUCGAUGUUGGAACGGGGGCCGGGCUUCCUGGAUUGAUUAUAGCUAUUGCUUGCCCAGAAUGGCAAGUAACGUUGAUGGAGUCUAUGAAUAAGCGGUGCCUUUUCUUGGAGCACGCGGUCGGUCAUACCGGUUUGACAAAUGUUCAUGUUGUGCGAGGAAGAGCAGAGAAUCUGGGACAUGAUCUUUUCUUACGAGAGAAAUUUGAUGUAGUAGUGGCUAGAGCUGUUGCAGAAAUGAGAAUUUUAGCUGAAUAUUGUCUUCCUAUGGUUCGUGUUGGGGGUUUGUUUUUAGCUGCCAAGGGCCAUGACCCUCUUGAAGAAGUCACAAAUGCAGAAAAGGCAAUUGAAAUGAUGGGUGCUUCGUUACUGCAAAUAUGCCCUGUGGAAUCACAUAGUCCAUAUGGGCAGCGAACUGCCGUUGUUUGUUUAAAAGAACGGCACACUCCCAGGAAGUAUCCUCGUGAUCCAGGUACACCAGCGAAAGCCCCGUUAUAAUCAUCUGGGUGUUCAGUUUGGUUUCAUUUCACGUGUUCUUCUCAACGUCAACCAGUUGUUUAUUAUGCAUAAUGAUUCAGGUGUGUGAGUCUAUGAUAAUCACCUGAAGAUAGACACCCUGUUAUUUGUUGUGCAUAUCAAACAUCAUUUCACCCCGAGUAAUUCUUAUAUGACAUUUGGUUAUUAAAUUAGUAUUCAAAUUUAUUUCCAUUUUGGAUUUA